UCCUGCUGGUAGCAACUUUUACCAUUACCUCUGUGUUUCCAGUUUGCAGUAGUAAUAAAUCCCUCUGAGUUUAUAAUGAUAGCAGUGAUCCUGGCUGCUGGUUAUGGCACCAGGCUGCAGCGGGACGUGCUGGAGGAUCGCAGCGGGAGAUUCGCUCACCUGGUCGGCGUCGCUAAGCCGCUGCUGCCUGUCGGACGCUGCCAGCUGAUCUCACACUGGGUUCAAGCUCUGACCCGGUCCGGCUGUGUGCACAAGAUCUAUGUGGUGACCAACGCUCUCUACCAGACAGCGUUUGAAGAGUGGGCAGCACAUUUCUCCAAUGUGGAGAUUCUCAGCGAUCAAACGAGAAGCAACGACGAGCGUCUUGGCGCUGUGGCCUGUCUGCAGCUCGCAGUGAAGCACUUUGAGAUCGAGGACCAUGUCAUAGUUAUUGGAGGCGACACACUAUUCAAAGAAGAUUUCAGCCUCAGUGAAGUUAAAGAGAGAUUUUAUGACCUGCAGAAGAAAUGUGAAGAAAACUGUCUGCUGCUGUCGUAUCAGUGCAGAGACGACGAAACUCAUAAAUACGGGAUCUUGGAGGUAGACGAAGAUCUUCGGGUGCUCUGUAUGAAGGAGAAACCUCGACCGUCCGAGACGACGUCCAGAAGAGCCUGUCCUUGUUUCUACGUGUUUUCUAAGAGCAGUCUUCCUCUUCUGGAAACUUUCCUCCAGGAAAAGAAGGAAGCUCCUAUUGAAGAGAAAGAUGCUCCGGGAAACUUUGUGUCUUGGCUCAUUCCAAGGAAACCAGUUCACGUGCAUCAGAUCUCCGGUCGCUUUGACGUUGGAAACCUGCCGUCUUACACCGAGUGUGACCUUUACUUCAGAGAGAAACUGCAACACAAAGACUCGUACAUGAUGUAGAGGAAACAAGAUGAACACAAACUUUAUUUUUAUGAUGCAAAACGUUUCAAAAAUCAUCCAAAACAUGAACUUGAAUGGACUUUAAUUAUGAAUAUUUUCUAUUUAAAUGAUUUUUAUACUCUUUUUAAUUACAACCAGUGA